AUGGCUUCAUUACUCGGAGCCGGUUACGACUCCAGCGAUGAUGAAACGCGGAGUGCUCCCGCGACAUCCGCCUCUAGGAUUGUCGCGGCCCCAGAAGUCAACACAGAGGACCAAGCUCAUAUGCAGAUGAUGCUCGCUAAUACCUCGUCGAAAACACUCACAUACAACGCCACAUAUGACGAUCUCUCGCGCCCCUCCCAGGGCCCCUCGAACCCGUUCAAAACCGCAGAGGCUGGACACGGGCUCAAGCGCAAAAAUGUUCCCACCGGAUUCGCCGAGUCCGCGGCCAUCAGCGAGUCCACGUUCGCUGCCCAGCAUCGCACAUUCCAGAGUUUGGGUUAUACCCGCAACCCUACCCUUCCCGGGCAGUUUGUUGGCGAUCUCGACCAGGCUGCGCAGUUUGGUGGGCGUGAUGUUGUGCAGAUGAGGCCCUCGAAAGAGGCGUCGGCAACACUGCGCGCGAAGCGUCAGAAGAAGGGCGAUUCAAGUAUUGUGGAAGGGCCGGGUGCUUAUCUUGGUCCUUGGGCGAAAUACCAAGACGACGAUCAGGUUUAUGAAGAGGAACUUGCCAGCGACGAGGAGAUCGUGGAGGAAGAGGAAGAGGAACAGGUUGGGUCAGCUCCUAUGCCGGCGAUGAGCAAGGAGGCAACAGAUUACCAAGACAACGCGUCGAAGGUCGAAACAACCGAAUUCCACGGCUCGGAGCAGUACGACUACCAGGGCCGAACAUACAUGCACGUCCCUCAAGAUUUGGAUAUCGAUCUCAAGAAGCCCGUGGGCAGCGUCAAGAACUACGUGCCCAAGAAACUCGUCCACACCUGGAAGUCGCAUACAAAACCAAUCUCCUCGCUCCGCUUUUUCCCGCAAUCUGGGCACCUUCUGCUCUCAUCUGCUGCUGACGGCAAGGCCAAGAUCUGGGACGUAUACCAUUCGCGCGAACUACUGCGCACGUUCUCCGGCCACUCCAAGGCCAUCACAGAUACAGACUUCAACAGAACAGGCCGCACCUUCCUAACGGCCUCCUACGAUCGCCAGAUGAAACUCUGGGACACCGAAACAGGCCAGUGCAUCUCGCGCUUCUCCACGGGCAAAACACCCCACGUCAUCCGCUUCAACCCCAGCGCAGACCUCGGCCACGAGUUCAUUGCUGGUAUGUCCGACAAAAAGAUCGUCCAGUUCGACACCCGCUCCGGCGAACUCGUCCAGGAAUACGACCACCACCUUGCCGCAGUCAACACCCUCACCUUCGUCGACCAAGACCGCCGCUUCAUCUCCACCUCCGACGAUAAGUCCCUCCGCGCCUGGGAAUACGGCAUCCCCGUCCCGAUCAAAUUCAUCGCGGAACCAUACAUGUUCGCGCUCACGCGCGCUACACCCCAUCCAAACGGGAAAUACGUCGCUUUCCAGUCUGGCGAUAACCAGAUCGUUGUGUACGGCGCGACAGAUAAAUUCCGUCAGAACCGCAAAAAGAGUUUCCGUGGGCAUAACAAUGCCGGUUAUGGUAUCGACCUCAAGAUCUCGCCUGACGGGCAGUUUAUCUGCUCCGGUGAUAGCGCCGGGUAUGUGUGCUUCUGGGACUGGAAGACGGGCAAGAUGUACCAUAAGAUUCAGGCAGGAGGGAAAGAGGGCGGUGCGACGACCUGUCUUGAUUGGCAUCCGCAGGAGACGAGCAAGGUUGUUACAGGUGGGUUGGAUGGGAAUAUUAGGUAUUGGGAUUAG